CACCCCGGAUGGAGCCGUGACCUGCUGGCGCAGCUGCUAAGCUAAGGAUCCUUUCAGACAGAUGCUCCCCCGAAAAUACUGCAAAUGCCUACUUUUUGCGAAGUGCUCCGUACCAAAGGAUAACGGCGCUUUUUUUGGGGGAAAAGCAACGUCGCAGCAGUAAUUUCAAUCAAUUUUCACUGUGAAGUGUACAGCAGCUAGCUGGAUAAGCAGCUAAGUAGCUUUAACAAAAGUAACAAAAACCGAAACUUCAAAGAGUAAAAUUCCCGGAAGUUUAAUUUAGAAGUAAAUCGAAACAUGCUCGAUCUGCCUCAUUAUGGAUCCGUGAAAUCUUAAGGCUGUAGCGACUGGUCAGGUCGCUUGUGGUUGCGUUUGGAGCUGAGGCCACCGUCCAGCUCGUCUGACCUCCCCGGGCAGUGGGAGCGAGCAGAUGGGGAACUGCUGCUGUCACAUUAAAAGUCCCUGUGAAAAUGCGGACGAAAGGAGUAAUUUGUUGGAAGAUGAGUCAAAAACCCCAUGCACUGGUGAACAGGUAGUGGGCGGCGCUUGUGGUCCUGAGGGAAGUGCUGACAUGAGGAGAACUACCGAUCAAGAGGCCGAGAAUGGGCUGUUGAAGCGGAGUCCCGUGAAUGGAGAGAUGGAGCCAAAUAAUGCUCAGGAAAAUGGACCCUUGCAGAAGAAAGGCACUCAGGCAAAGACGCCUUCUCCUCGCAAAGAGUCUGAACUCAAAGAAAACUCUGCCAGAGCACAACGUGACGUCGUGAUGCCGGACACUCCUAACAGUGGACGAGCUGAAAAUCAACAAUGCACUUUAAACUUGCAGGACAAAGACCACUCCACAGCUGAUCAAGAGGCUGUUGUAGCCUUAAAUACAGAACCAGAAGAAAAAGAAGAUUCCGCUUCAGUGCAGGACAAAGUCCCGGAUGGCGUCUCACUAACGACUGAACUGGUCUGCCAAGAAAGCCCUCCCCAUCCACAAACUAACUCAACAACAGAGGCCGCUAUAGUGAGCAUUUCUGAUGAUAAUGAUGAAGAAGAAUGCUCAAAGGAUGCCACCAAUGACGCCGCCAAACCAUCACAGGAGUUUACUCAAAAUAAUGAAGUGUUAUCUGUGCCAAAAUGUCAGCUCGCUGCAGCAGCAGGUCAGGAAGUGUCCAUUUCUGCGGUCCGUCAGGAGACAAACACAGAGGCUCUAAACGGCACUCCCACUCUAGAUCUGGACGAUGGUUCCUCUUCGGUGUGCAGAGAAGACAUGUCUGGGGACAAAAAAAGCCAAGAUGUCCCUCAGUCCUUUUCUGGCCCGGAACCAACGAGACCUGGCGACAGUGGGGAGGAGCAGGAAUCUGCCAACUCAGUCAAGAAGCCAGAAGCCACAUCUCCAGCGGAUGCCAAGGACAGCUUAAGGCCUGAUCAAGAUUCCAAACCAGAUACUGAGUGUUCAAGUACUGCAAGCUCGAACGAGGAAACAUCCUCUGAGAAAUUCAAACAAGAUGCCGCGGAGGAAGCCAUGCUGCAAGUGGAAGACAAAGAUGUUCCCAAAGCAAGGGAGGGUGAAGGGAUUAAGAAGGUGGAGGAGGAGAAAGAGGGAGCUCCAACCGAGACGGAAAGUCCGCAGGCUGUGAAAGAUGCUGAGAUUCAGGAGGUGACGGGAGAAGAGGAGCAGCUGGCAGGAAGAGAAAAUGUGAACCUCGUUGCUGGACCUGCUGAUGAGGAGGAAGCUGGUCUGGGAAGCAGUGAAGAAGACCUGUACAGAGGAGAAGAAGAGCUGUCUGCAUCACCAGUUUUGAAGGUGGAGGAUAGAUGCAGUCUGUCUCCGGCCGUGGAUAUUUUGUCUUACAGUGAGAGAGAAUGGAAAGGCAACACUGCCAAAAGCGCUCUCAUUAGAAAGGGUUAUAAAGAGAUGUCCCAGAGGUUCAGCAGCGUGAGGAGAGUGAGGGGUGACAACUACUGCGCCCUCAGAGCCACGUUGUUCCAGGUUUUGUCCCAAAGCACUCAGCUUCCCGCGUGGCUGCAGGAAGAUGACGUUGUCAUGUUGCCGAAACAACUGGAGGCCCAGGAAGGGCUGAUAAGCCAGUGGAGAUUUCCUGGAGAGUGCGUGCCGGGAGACGUCGCAGCAGACGCCGCUCAGCAGCUCACGGGAUACGUAGAGCUUCUCCGGCGAACGUGGCAGGCAGCGGCCGACUGCGCCAGCGCUGCAGAGCGGCAGCAGCUCUGCGAGCAAGUGUUUCAGGGGGGACCGGAGGAACUGGGGCUGCUGGAAGCCCUCAAGCUGCUGAUGCUGGGCAGGGCGGUGGAGCUGCACGGCUCCAUGCAGGAAGGUGGAGACGUCCCGCUCUUCUGCCUGCUCCUGUUCGCUCGGGACUCGUCGGACUGUCCGCGCUCCUUCCUCUGCAACCACCUCAGGAACGUGGGCCUCGGUGCCGGGCUGGAGCAGGUGGAGAUGUUCCUGCUGGGCUACGCCCUGCAGUGCACCAUUCAGGUUUACAGGCUGUACAAGGCGGACACGGAUGAGUUUGUCACCUACUACCCAGACGACCAUAAAGACGACUGGCAGACCGUGUGCCUCGUCACCGAGGACGACCGGCACUACAACGUGCCGCUCGGGGAAGCUGCAGAGCCGCAAGAGGAGCUCACCUCUCUCUGACUGCGGCUGCAGGGCGACCUGCUGCCGUACAGCCACUUCUCAGGUCAAUCGAGAUGAUACAUUUAUGCCAAUUAAAGGAACGGCUUUUGGGAUAUAUCCUUGUUGACCUGUUCCCUGAGAGUAACGUCCCAUGGUUCAACAGUUCAGAUGGAACUGAAUGGGCUUUGAAACUGGAAACAAGUGGAACAAGUAGCCUGGCUUUGCCCUCAACAAUCCAACUAUUACCGAGAUUGCAGGUUAAUUUGUUACAUCUUGGUAAAUAACAGUAUUAAAUAACACAGUGAUUUGAUUUAUCGGGCAGGGUGGAGUCCAGAGUUUUAAAAAACAAACACAGGAAUGCUGAGAGCGUGACAAAGUACAGUCUCACUCUGCUCACGCUCCUCACCUGAGGUGACCUAUAUCUGACAUUUAUUCUGUUGAUGGGUCUAAAAACUGGAUAUUUUUUUCCCCCCACGGCUUUAUGGAUGCAAAAAAAUACGACCCCUUGCAGAAAACGCCAAAAGAUAAUCAUUACCUAGAUUUUUAUAGUAGUGGAAAUCAUCUCAUCCAUUAUUAUUUGAUCGGUUUAUCAUGCCUCUGCUCCUGAUCGAUCUAUUCUGCGGGCUCCUUGCCUUAACUAACACAGGAUGUUGCCAAGCGACCACUUUCAAACUUCCAGAUAAAACCAAACUUCUGAGUUCAAAUUUUAUUCAGUUCCUUUUUCUUUUCUUUUUUGUUUUUGUAAACCUUUUUGUUUAAUUCACAUGAAAUAGACAAGUGUUUACCUUCAUUUCAUAUUAAAUUAGAUCCAUGAUUCCUAAUAUAAGCAGAAAAAUGAUUUUGGCUCUCAACCUUUUCUGCAAAUGCAACAGCUUUAACAGGUGCAAGUACUUGGUUUUUGUUGUUUUGUCAGGCAGCUUUUUUCCCACCCUGUUUCUAGUCUUCAUUCCAAACUAUUCUAAUAAUGCUUGCGAACAAGCGAGAAGCAUGUAUCCCAACAUGUUCCUUUAAAAAUAUGCUGAUUUGAGACCUUGUACGAGAUGUGUUUUGCACGCUCUUGUACACACUGUACUGUAUAGGUUUUUUUUUUUCUACUGGUACAUUUGUACAUAUCUGAUAAUCUUGGAUUAUCUCGGAUCCAGAUGAGUUUCCUGGGUGUCAGUUUGAGCUUUUGAAAGAGGGAGAAAAAAAAAAGGCCCAUAUUUCCUCAACAAGCUGUGUUUUGCAUUUUUGAGCUGCAAAACAAACAAAAAAAGAAAAAAAAAGCAUCUUCUUUGCACUGGAAUUUGGGCACUUUGUGUAUUAAUUUAUUGUUUUUGACUGUCAUAUGUAUUUUAAACAAGUAGGUGUGAAAAUUCUAAUUUAAAUGGCCGAAUUAGUCGAAGGGUACGAUAAUUCAAGGCUUUGGAGAUUAAUUGCAGCCUCUGUAGGAGGCAAGAUUAGUAGCGGUGUUUUAUGUGUGUGUUAAACUUGUUCAGUAACAUGUUGCCUUUAACCAAGCUGUUUUUGAAGGGAAGAAACGUUCCAACGCUGCUGCAGAAACUGGUCAAGGCUUCAGCUGCCAGCCUCAGACGGCCCGCUUGGUCCUCCAUGUUGCCUUAGAAACAAUGCACAAUAUGAAUGAAUGUUGGUUAUUUGUGAUAAGAGGCUGUUCUUUGUCCUAAUUCCAGACCAGGUCCACAAAAUGUUUCUUAUGCCAUUUGCAAGAAUGUUCUUGCACUUCAGUUUUGGCUGGCAUUGAAAUAAAAUGGAAUUUCUUGGAAAA